ACAGGAUAUUUUGCAACGAUUACCAUGAUUCAUGGAAGGUUUGAAAGUCUGGAUAUAUUUACAAGUACAUACUGACAUUGUGAGAGUAUUUAUAUCUUGUCGACGACGGUUGCUGACGUAGCAGCUUCAAGUACAGAGGUUGACCACAGAUCGAUACUGUUAAACAAGAAUCAUGGGUUCUAUCUUCGAUUCGUGUAAUACGGUCUCUGAAAAAUGCGGAAAAGGAGGCUCAGUCAUUUGCAACGUCAUAGGUACUAUACUUCCAAUCGCCAUGAUAUCAGUGGGAGCCAUCCACAUAGACGAUUGCCCUGCUCAAAAGUACAUCUGUAUCUACCUGAUCGUAGCUGGAGCCUUCGCUAUCCUCGUAACUGGAGUGCGCUAUCUGGAGAGUAUGUGCUGCAGCAGCAACUCAGGAACCCCUCCCUUGCCUAUUCUAGUUGUCAAUGGCGUCCUUGGUCUCUUCCUGCUUUCCUGGUUUAUUGCAGGCAAUGUGUGGGUCUACGGCCUCUACGGCAAGUACAACCCAACAGACAAAACUGCCGACAACUACUGUAAAGAACUCGUUUACGUGUUUGCAUUCUGGAUCAUCACGACAGGCUACAUCCUGCUCGGAGUUUAUGUCCUCCUGGUAUGCUUUGUUGCCUGCUGCUGCAGGCGACGUUAGUCGACCACACCAUUGUGAGGUAUUUGACUUGUACCAUGAAAAGGCAUGACGGUUAAAAUAUUUGAAACACUUUGUUAAAUAUACUGCAUGAAGACAUGCCCCAUGGCUACAACGCCGUCGGAACUCGAACCAGUUCAAUUUCAUACAUGAGAAAUUGUAGUAUGUGGGAUAUGGUUUAUGUGUUUGUGAAAGCAGGUUUCAUACUUGCAAGGGUAUGCUGCUAUUUCCAGAUUAGAGGCACGCAACCCUCUUCUAAGGGUGAAUUUAGUCCAUGUGUUACGUUAGGACUUCUGGCUGGAUGGCUAUUUUUAUUGUGUUCCUGGAAAAGCAAUAAAUUAUUUAUUUAUUAUUUAUUACCACAUCUCAUUGUAAAGAACUGUUGGAUUACUUUACUGUCCCUACCUACAGAUAUCCUGGUACUCUAAACCAAAAACAGAAUAUUGUUUAUACAUAAUAUGAAAACUAAAAGCCACGAUAACAUAUAAAGGAUGGAUACAUCGCUUUAUAAAUGCUCAUCAUUAUUAUAUUAUACUCACUCACUAAUAUCCAUAAUUGAUUCGAUUAUCCACAUGGGUACAAUGUGUGAAGCCCAUUUCUGGUGUCACCCGCCGCGAUAUUGCUGGAAUAUUGCUAAAAGCGGCGUAAGACCAAACUCACUCACUCACUCAGUGAUACAUAGACUGACGCUUUGUCUCGAAAGAAAUAUCAUUUUCAAGCAGCCACAUUUAAGCUGACCAGGAGCCUCAGCCUGGACAUCUAGACUUGCUCCAUUUAGGACACACAACAAUGAGGGCCGGGCGGAAGGUAAACUCACCAUAAUUGACUUUAAGCUUCAAGGAUAUUACAUACACUACCAAGUAACUCAAGAAGUGGUCAAAUGAGGUUUAGAAUAGUUUUGCAUUUUCUUGUGUGUCUGGCUAUGUUUAAGCAUGAAUGUGUCAUGUUUACAUCGCAAAAGUGUUUUCUUGUGCUUAUUGUUGCAUAUUUGUACAUCAUCAUUUGUCAUUUAUAAAGCCCUUUUUCCACUUCGGACAUUAAAUAGUAUUUGAUAGUAUUGCAUAUGUCGUGUUUAAUUUCGUCUUUGAUAUUUUGGUUUUGUAUACGUGUUUAUUUUUUGAAUGAAAUGUAUAUUUUAG